AGCAGCAAGCCGGGCCUGUGCGCGGUGGGCCCCGGCAUGGCAGCCGCAGGGGUGCUCAGAAGAUGCGACAUCCUCAUAGUCUACAGCGCAGAUGCUGAGGAGUGGUGCCGGUACCUGCAGGACCUCUUCCUGUCUAGUAGGCAGAUGCGCAGCCAGAGGACACUUACUUACAGGCUCGGCCCCGACGUCUCCUUUUCUGCUCAAGACCUCAACUUCUUUCUUGGCUCACGCUGCAUCCUGAUGCUGCUCUCUGACGAGUUGGUGCAGCAUGUCUGCAGGCCAGCCCUGUUGCCACUGCUGCAGAGAGCCUUCCACCCUCCACAGCGCAUGGUGCGACUGCACUGUGGAGUACCCGACAGCGAGGAGUUCCUGGACUUCUUCCCAGAUUGGGCCUACUGGCGAGAGAUCAGCUGUGAGGAUGAGCCCGAGAUUUAUGUGGCAGCGGUGAAGAAGGUCGUUUAUGAAGACUCUGGCUGCGACUCCAUCACGGAUACUGAGACUGAGGAUGAGAAGGCCCUUCCCUGCAUGAAACAACAGCAGAAUCAACCCCAGGAGACGUCCCCAGGGAGCCUGAUGGUGGUGCAGCCAUGCCGCAUUCGCUGUGGGGCAGAAACCACGAUCUACGUCAUUCUGAGAUGCCAACUGGAUGAAAGAGUGACUACUGAAGCAGAGUUUUCUCCAGAGGAUGCACCAUCUGUCAGGGUGGAAGCUAAGCUGGAGAAUGAGUACACCAUUUCCGUGAAAGCUCCCAACCUUUCAUCAGGGAAAGUUUCUCUGAAGAUAUAUUCUGGGGACUUGGUGGUGUGUGAAACUAGUGUGAGCUAUUAUACUGACAUGGAAGAAAUCGGAAAUUUACUGUCCAGUGCUGCAAACCCUGUGGAGUUCAUGUGUCAGGCCUUUAAAAUUGUGCCCUACAACACAGACACCCUUGAUAAGCUGCUCACUGAAUCCCUGAAGAACAACAUCCCUGCCAGUGGACUGCAUCUCUUUGGCAUCAACCAACUAGAAGAAGAAGAUAUGAUGACAAAUCAGAGGGAUGAAGAACUGCCCACCUUGUUGCACUUUGCUGCAAAGUACGGACUGAAAAACCUCACAGCUUUGUUGCUCACCUGUCCAGGAGCUCUGCAGGCCUACAGUGUGGCCAACAAGCAUGGCCACUAUCCCAACAACAUUGCCGAGAAACAUGGCUUUCGGGACCUGCGGCAAUUCAUCGAUGAGUAUGUGGAAACUGUGGACAUGUUGAAGAGUCACAUAAAAGAGGAACUGAUGCAAGGGGAGGAGACAGACGAUGUGUAUGAGUCCAUGGCCCAUCUUUCCACAGACCUGCUCAUGAAAUGCUCACUCAACCCUGGUUGUGACGAGGAGCUGUAUGAAUCUAUGGCUGCCUUUGCCCCACCUUCUACUGAAGACCUCUACGUCGAAAUGAUUCAGGCCUCUACAUCAAACUCAAUCCCCAUCUCUGGAGAUGGUUUCUCUCGGACCACAAAGGACUCUAUAAUCCGCAAGUUUUUAGAAGGCAGCAGUGUGGGAGUGACCAGUCUGGAGAGGGAGUCACAUCGUCUGUGCCAGGACAAAAAGGCUUAUCACCCUAUGGAAGAGAUGACCUCUCCUGUGGACCUGACUGGCAGGCCUCCCAUCCCUGUACCCAGGCCCGAGGCAGGUGCUCUGGGUGCUCCCCAGCACCAGGACAAUGAGCCAUAUAUUUCCAAAGUUUUUGCAGAAAAGGCAAAUCAAGAACGGCCUGGGAAUUUCUAUGUUUCUUCAGAGAGCUUCAGGAAAGAGCCUCCUGUCAGACCAUGCAGAGACAGGCCUCAGUCAAGUGUAUACGAUCCUUUUGCUGGAAUGAAGACACCAGGCCAGCGACAGCUAAUUACCUUGCAGGAGCAAGUGAAGCUGGGUAUCGUAAAUGUGGAUGAGGCUGUGCUCCACUUCAAAGAGUGGCAGCUCAACCAGAAGAGGCGUUCAGAGUCCUUUCGCUACCAGCAGGAAAAUCUUAAGCGGCUAAGAGAUAGUAUCACCCGAAGACAAAAAGAGAAACAAAAGUCAGGAAAGCAGGCAGCUGCACAGAUAACUGUUCCAAUCCGGCACUCACAGCUCCUGACUGGAAAAAUAGAGUAUGGGGUCUAUGAGAGUGGCCCCAGGAAGAGUGUCUUGCCCCCCAGGACAGAACUGAGACCGUGGAGAGACUGGAAGACAGACAGCACCCUCAAGUACCUGCGAGUAAGCAGUACAAGUAACAGAUCCAGUACCCGGAGCCUUCUCAGUGUUAGCAGUGGAAUGGAGGGGGACAAUGAGGAUAAUGAAGUCCCUGAAGUUACCAGAUGCCGAAGUCCAGGGCCCUCUCAAGUGGAUGCAACACUCACUGUACCCCUGGAGAGGCCACGGGUGCCCCCACGAGCCGCCUCUCAGAGGUAA